AUGGACGUGGACGUCGCUGCUGCCCCGCCACCUGCUCCUUCCUUCCCAGCUGCCCAGCUCACUCCCUCCAAGAAACGCAAUCAUGAAGGAGAGAUCGUCAACCACCCCGUUUUCCUCACUUCUCCAGCUGGUCUGCAGAGCAGUCCCCUGACUGCCGACGACUCCCGCUGUGGAACACCGAACUUUAGUGCACGCAGUACUCCAUUGACGGAACUCGGUGCUACUCCUGUCCUUAGCCCAGCACAGCCGUCCACCAUGGCCCCGGCCAACGGCAAGAAGCGGAAGGCGACGUUUGCCGAAAAGGAGGCCGACAAAGCAAUCAAGCUGGCCGAAAAGGAAGAGAAGGAGAGACUGAAGGCGGAAGCCAAAGCCAAAAAGGACGAAGAGAAGAAACGUAAGGAGGACGAGAAAGAUGCUGCUCGUAAAGUGAGAGAAGAGAAGAAACAGGAAAAGGAGGCCGAAAAGCAACGUAAGGAAGCUGAAGCGCUGAAGAAAGAGAGAUCACAAAUGAGACUCGGUGCAUUCUUUGCUCCCCCGCCCGUUGCCUCAACACCUCCGGCUAGUGACUUGAGGGAUGCCUCUCGUGGCACGACGCCUUCCAGAAGAGGAUCGAUCACGUCUGUUGACUUGGAACCACCUUUGGACGAGAUCAAGGCAUCGCCAUCAAAACGGACGAAUUCCGGCUACAACGAAUGGAUUCUACCUUUCUUUGUCAAGGAGUAUAUGGAAGUCGCACCAUUCAACCGAUUCCUCUCGAACAGAACUGUAUUCGACAAGGAUGUCCUGGCCUUCAACCAAGGCGUCACUUCGGAGAAAUUGAGAAAUCGAUUCCGCAGACGCCCUCGCGUCCGACCUGUGAAACCUGUCAAAGAAAUCUUGGACGAGAUGAGUGGCCCCGAAACUGCUCCGAUCGACCUUGCGAACCCUGCAAACAUUUUGGCCGACCUUCCUUACAAGUAUUUGUUUUUCCACGAAGAUGUUCGACCUCCCUAUCACGGGACAUACACGAGAGUUGUCUCACCACGAAGUACCAGAAAGCUUGCUAUCAAUUCUGCCCAUCGCGGGCUGCCGGACACGAACUAUGACUAUGACAGUGAAGCAGAAUGGCAGGAACCUGAGGAAGGAGAUGAGGAGGUGCUCGAAGACGACGAGAAAUCCGAAGAUGAGGACGGUGACGAAGAAAUGGGAGACUUUCUCGAUGACGAAGGAGAGGUUGCCAAACGUCAGUUGAUUGUCGGUAAUAUGGAACCCAAGUGCAGUGGGCUAUGCUGGGAAGGUGGAGACAGUCAACCUCAAGAUGGCUUCGAUUUGUCCUCAUUUCGUAUGGACGUUUUGCACGACUCGACAGUCUUUCCGAUCGAUCCAUACUCGACGAUGCACUGGGCAGAUAUGGGGAAGAAGAGCCCGGUCAAGCGGGAGGAAAAGCUGCAGACUCUAUCAAUGCAACCCCCACGUUUACCGCUGGUGGCAGUCGACCCGAACACUUCGGUUUCUCAGUCUGGGCUUCUGAAGUUCGCACCAAGCGACCGACAAUUGGAGAACCAGGGUCAAACGUCCAAGUUGAAGGCGACUACUGCUUCUGGUAAGCCAGUCAAGACUAUUUCGCCAGAUUUGAUGCCAGCGUUCAGGGAAGCAGUGUCCGGCACUACGUUGACAAAAACUGGGUUAAUUGAGGUGCUGAAGAAUCAGUUUCCAAAAUGUGCGAAGGAUGCUAUCAAAAAUACUCUGGAAGCAAUUGCAGAGAGAAGAGAGAAGAAAUGGGUAUUGAUUGGUUGA